AUGACGCCCAAUGGAGGUGCUAUGGGGGAGGCUGUUCGGAUGCUCGGUUACACGCCGUACAUCUUCGAGACGACCUUCCGCAAAGGCAACCUGCAGACCCACCCAAAGGAGUGGUGUAUGGUGUUAAAUCAGCAGAAAAAGUUCGACACCGCGAUCUUAGAGGUCCCUCAAACUGCCAAAAGUCCCAAGGAUUCAACGCGGAUCCAAAAAGACGGUGAGGCCUCCUCGCCACCGCAGGAGGUCGCGUCGUACGACGCCAUUGUCGGCCCGCCAGCGACGUUGGCGUACGAAUCCAUUCUGCAGGAGUGCCCGCGCUCGACCAAGGUCGUUUUGGUCGAGGAGCCGGAUAAAUUAUUCUGGGAGAAGGAAUACGACGCGAUGCUGCAACCGAUCCUGGAUAAAACCCAGCGUCUUCAGCGGCGAAUCGGACUUGGGGAUCUUCACAGCAUGUUGGUGUGCAUGACUGAUCUGCGCAAGGCCACCUCCGCAAGGGUCACGCGCGGCUUGUCAACGAGCACGACGAGCCCUCUGUUACACACCCCCGCGUUGCGGUUGGCCUCGGCGCUGGAUCUUUUUGAGGCGCGCGUGAAAGACGUCGUCCCGCGGGAUCGUUUACUGAUCUACCGCGAAGGAGAGGGCUGGGGUCCGCUCUGCGCCUUCCUGCGCGUUCCGGUUCCGACGACGGCGAGUGGGGAAUCCUGUCCGUUCCCCCCGCAUGAUAGUGGCAUCGACGUCUUGGCCGAUCUCAACGAAAAGUUUCAUCGCAUAAGCGUCUUGAUCUUCGUCGUGGUGGUGCUUGCGGUGACCAGCUUUAUCGCGUUGGGUUCCUCUGUGAGGACGCGCAUGGGCUUGUUUAUGGAACAUUACUAUAAUCGCUUUAGAAAAGAAAUGGACCCGUUUUUAAAAUCAGAUGACCAAAAUAGCGAGUCGGAGGGAUCAAAGACAAGUCUGCGUCGAAAAUUGAUUGAAGCCAAGAAGGUGACCCUGAAGUUUGAGAACGAAAUCCGUGAAGAAGGAGGGGCAAUGUCUUCCAUAAAGGAUGUUUUCAGGGCUUUGUUCAAUCCAGAGGAGGUGGUCCAACACAAUAAAUUGGGAAAAAGCAAGCAGCACGUAGCAGACCCCGAUUCGACAUGCAAAAGUACAUGA